AUGACCACCCCGUCGCGCAACGGGAACCUUGCCUCGCCCGACACAACGCCUUGCACAUCGCAGGCCCCCGUCGUCACCCCGCGCAAAAGACGUCUACAGCGCAUCUACCGACCGGCCAAGAACUCGCUAUACGAUAUUUUCCAGCAACACGCAGGCACAACGCUUUUUGUGCGACCCAUCUGCUGGACAGAUCUACAUGCUCAACUUCUUGGCGCGCGAUGGGAAGAACAACCACCAUGCGAUACCCCUCAGCCCAUCGCGGCUCCAGGCACGCCACCAUCGCGAGGUCAUCUUAGCCCUUCGGACACCAUCAUCACUCUUAGCAACUCGCUCACGCAAAUACUCCUGCCUGACUCGAUGCAUCCUAUCCACUCUUCCAAUGCUGUCAAAACGGUUUUGAUGACUCUAUGGCCUAACGCUUUCAGUAAGCCGAACUAUCUACCGGAACUUCAUCUAUACUUUGGUGGUCGCGUUUAUCGUGAUGCUGUGCGCGCACAUAUCAUGUGGAAUUUCCCUGCCGAAGAGUUGAAGUCUUCAUACUCAUCUUUCAGAUCGGUAUCAACGCGACCUGCCGAGUCCUUCAACAUUGCAUCACAGUCAUCACCCACCCAGAGCCCCGCUCAUUUGCCCAUGAUCUGCUACAUUGGCAAGACCCAGUUGGCUUCAAUUAGGAAUAACCUUUUCCGUGUCGCACCUGGUCCAGGACGAUCAUGGAAUGAGCCUGUGUUUCGGCUCCAACAGCUCCGAGCACGUAUGCUACUUCCUUCAAAUUCGGAUCACGACGCGCAUUUUGUGGGUGUCUUUUUGGGAAUGGCGCAAAAGCACUUUUACCCUUCCCCACCUCUCACUGGCAGACGCGAUUCGCGCAUGUCCCCUGGGCAAGGCAUCCCGCCAUGCCCUAACUUCCACGACCUCAAGUUGAGGAUUCUUACACAUGAUACGGAUACGUCGGAGUUUAUUGUUUACACUGGCUACAUAACAAAGGAGUUUCUGGAGAAGUUCCACGACCCUUUCAAGGCUCCUAUGAACGAUGAUGAUGCCGCUGUUUCUGGCCUCAAGAUCGAAUACACCAGGGUUCCAAUCUGGCCGAUUCUAGGUUUGCGGGAGCGACUCGGCAAGGCUUUGGGCCAAGAGGUUGUCGGCGCUUUCAACCCAAAUGAGAUAGAGACUUGGGAGAAAGACCCCGAGAGGCCCAGUGGCGAAAAGCGCAAGCGAGAAGUCUUCUCUGAAGUUGUCAGCGGCAGCUUUGGAAAAGAAGGUCAGGAAGAACCGGCGGUCGCUUCAAAGAAGCGAUGUUUGAAAGAAGGCACCCGGGUGGGUGUGGUGAUGUGA